AUGAAUCCAACCUCUAUUGUUGCCAUUAGCAUCUUGAGUGCUAUAUUUUUCGGUGCACUGAUUGCUUUGAUAAUUAUUCUGAGAAAAAAACUGUGCAAACCGUUCAAUGAUAUCGUGGGGUACUAUCAACACGAAAACAGUCAAAUGGAGAACCUUGUGGAAAACAUGGAAACAUGUUGCAACGAGAACAAUAAUGAAGUUGAACUAGGUGAGGUUAACGAAGUCAUGGAUCCAAAUGAUAAAAUAUAUUCUAAUGAGGAAUGGGCCAGUGGUGCUAUAGAUCUAGUGCCUCAUUGCUUAGGAAUACUAAAAAUUGCUCACUUGCUGGCAUCAAAGAUCAUUCCAAUCACAGUGCAACAAGGCAAACUACAGAAUCCUGAAACGUUAACUGAUUUGGUGUCUAUUGCCAAAAGAAUUGGGUCAAGGGUAGAUGAUGUUGUUCAAUCUAUGUAUCCACCUCUUGAUCCCAGACUUUUUGAAGCUAGAUGUUCCUCAUUGGUCCUAUCUGUGAAUCAUCUUGUAAUGCUUGCAAAGUCAUCAUGCCAGCUACUCAAUGUACUUGACUGGGUGGACCAGCUUCUUGCAGAUCUUGAAGAGCACUUGAAAGUGAUGAACGAAUUUAGUCUGGUCUAUGAACAGAGUUUGAAAACUAUUAAAAAUAAUUGUGAUGAAAAGGAUUCGACUAGAGCUAAAUCCCAGAACGGUGUGAAUAGUCCGGAUUUUGUGAGUAUCACGAAUGCAGCCCACUACAACAAACUUAUUGGCCUUACGUUAUCAACCAACUGUGGAAAUGGUUCUCAAACUUCAUGUACCACUAGUGUUAAUAAAGAUGAUGACGAGCUCCUGGAAACAUCUCUUAAUAUUUAA